AUGUCCGCGGAAAUGGAAGCUCGUUUUGAUACCACCUUCGGUAGUCACGCUCCAGCUAGCACUAUUCAGAGAUUUCUCGACCGCUGGGAUCAGCCUGUAGACCUCUCGUGGCGCGAAAUCGAGACGCUUCCACUCGAAAAUAUUCAUUCCCACCAACCUCGACCAAUCAACCUGCUAUCCCGGACCGAGUUACGAGACCUCCAGCGAGGUAUCAGAACUGCUUACAGAAAAAACCCCACACCACCAGACUCAAACCCAAUCAGUGGCUGGAUGCACAGCCUUGUCAGAGCAGCGUGCUAUGAUCAGACUAUUCAAGGAAUCAUGGUGAAGGAGUGGCUUCAACCAGAACUUCAUUGGUCGACAAGUCGCCUCUUCGACCCACUCUGGAUUGAUGGAAUACAACUACCGGGGAGCUACACUUUCGACAUGGUGGACACGAGGGGAAAGAUUCUGGAGAGAGUCAAUGCCAUGACACCUCGAAUACUGGAAAAAGUCAUGAUCACACUCACGGAGUUUCUCAAGGAAGGUGUUUCUCUCACAGAGGUCGAGCACGGCGAUGGCUAUCUUAAAGCUGCAAUGUCCUUACGAGCAGCUACAACACCGCCCAAAUGCGUUGUCGAUCUACUCCGCUUAACCCGAGAUGAGCUAAUCGAAUUGAAAGACGAUUUUCACCUCUCCAAGGCCAUGGAUCGAUUGUCAUUAAGGGAUCUCCCAGCAAGCAAGACGGUAUUUCAAUAUCUCAAGAAAGAGCGAAAGAAUUCAUCCUUGACGAAAACGAUCACGAGAGAGGUAACGGAGAGCCUCAAAUCGUGGCUUCCCGCCGGCAUGGUGUUGGGCCAGUCGCCAGCUUUGAAACCUUCCGACAUGGAGUCAGUUGAAAGAAAAUACGAAAACUGCCAGCCAAGGAAACAGAAAAACAAACGGAGAGGUGCAGAAGGAGAUCAGCAAAAUCAAGAGGGUUUUGAGAGUGGCAGUGAUGGUGACAGUGAAAAGGCCGAUGACAGAUGUGACAGAGAGGAUUCAGAAGUCAAUUACCAAGGCCAAGAAUAUGGGAGGUUGUAUGCCUUGCUUGCACAACGGGUGCAUUCAAAUCUUCCAGUGCAGCCGAUGGUUUACGGUGAUUGGAGAGAACCAAUCACCGGUGCUCUCCUUGGAUAUCCCCCACCGCGGUUUGGAAUGGUGUCUUGGGAACCAAGUCCGCUCGUAAUGUCUUUUCUGGGUACAGGUCCAGAUGCCGACAAAGAGAUGACACAGCCCAGCCGAUCGUUCUCGAAUGCCCGCAAGCUCUCAUUUACCGAAUCGGAACCUUCUUCCUCCCCUGAUCGUAGGACGACACUUGCAGAAGCUGUCGAUUAUCUCAAGAAGAUAGUGGCAUCACAAAUAAUAAAGGAAUAG